AUGAAAAAAAGCAAGGCUGGUUACAGCCGUCGUGCUGCUCACGCCGGAUCUUGGUAUACCAACAAGGGACACCACUUGAAGCAAGAAUUGACAUCCAUGAUACAACAAGCCGCCGCUCUCAGCACAGAAGCAUCUUCUUCCAUGAGGCCGUUAAAGGCAGUAAUUUGUCCACAUGCGGGAUUUUCUUACUCUGGGUCCACUGCUGCGUACUCUUACAAACGUGUUCAAGACGAGCUGGAACAAAAUCCAUCCAUCACUUCGGUUCUGGUAUUGCAUCCAUCCCAUCACGUGUAUUUGGAUGGAUGUGCGGUUUCGGGUGCCAUCUUACUAGAAACUCCCUUGGGAAAUUUGACUGUCGAUGGUAAUUUGAGAGACGAACUCUUGGAGACUGGUAAAUUCUCAGUCAUGGAACAAUCAGUGGACGAAAACGAACACAGUGGAGAAAUGCAAUAUCCAUUCUUGGCCUUGGCAGCCCAAGUGGCAAAUUGUUUGGAACGAAUACAAGUGUUGCCCGUCAUGGUGGGAAGCAUUUCUGGCAAAUCCGAAGCUUUCUUUGGAAAGAUAUUGGCUCCUUUUAUUGCUCGUCCCAAUGUACUUUGUGUGGUAUCAAGCGACUUUAUGCAUUGGGGAUCACGCUUUGGAUAUCAACCAACAAUCGUCUGCAAGCCAAUCCACGAGCACAUUUCGGAAUUGGACAAACGGGGAAUGGAUUUGAUUCAGGAUCAAGAACCAGAGGCUUUUGCCAAAUACCUGAAAGAAACCAAGAACACUAUUUGCGGGCGACAUCCUAUAUCUGUGUGGUUGCAGGCCGUUCAGGUCAAUUCAUCAUCACAAGUCGAAACCUUGGACAUCUCGUUUAUCAAAUAUGCUCAGUCGUCGCAGGUCAUGUCAUUGCGAGAUAGCAGUGUCAGUUAUGCAAGUGCCAUCGCCUUGCAACAACAGCAAGUAUCAUCAUGA